UCUGGCCCCUGCAGCAUCUUCCUAGCCGCGCCCGGUUCAGAGCCCCGCCUUUACCCCUCCCACUCCCUGUGGGCCACGCCCCUGCCUUGUGGAGGGCCCUCCCACCUUUCCAAGUUAGGGUCAGAGGCAUGCUUCUUUCAUAUAGGUGAUUCUUAGAAAGGUACCCCCUUAUACAUUUGGAACACCUCCAAGCUCCCUCCCAGAGGAUGGGGACACAGGAGGCAGGAGCAAAAUCCACCCUCACCCCCUGUCACUCCUUAGGAUGGGGGCUGACUGGGUGACGUCUCCGGGGCAUUUGCUGCUUCAGGAAUGCCCAGUGGUCUUGGGGUGGAGGAGUUCCCCUGGCUGACCCAGGCAGACUCUGGGCCCAGAGGGGUUCUCCCCACCUCUUCCUUCCACCAGGAGGAGGAAACCUCGGGUCCCAGCCCGGACAUGCCGGCCACUGCAGAGCCCAGCUCCAGUGAGACCGACAAGGAGGUGUCCCCAGUUGUGGCUGUUGUAGACACCUCCUCUUCCAUGGGGGAGGAGCCAGGCUCUGACCAGGCAGCCACACCCCCAGUGUGGGAACGUGGAGGGCUUGGAGGGACCCAGCAGGGUGCCUCCCCAGCCCCAGACAGUGGCCAUGCUGGCCCUGGACCCGGCCUUGGCCUGACCAGCACUGUCUCCGGAACCAGUGAGGACCUGCGGCCUCCCAGACGACGCCCACCACCAGGGAAGCAGAUACCCUGCUCCAACCCUGGCUGCUGCCUCAGUUUCCCCAGCGUUCGAGACCUGGCACAGCAUCUGCGUACUCACUGCCCACCCACACAGUCCCUGGAAGGCAAGCUCUUCCGCUGUUCCGCCCUGAGCUGCACCGAGACUUUCCCCAACAUGCAGGAACUGGUGGCACACGGCAAGCUGCACUACAAACCCAAUCGCUACUUCAAGUGUGAGAACUGCCUCCUGCGCUUCCGCACGCACCGCUCCCUCUUCAAGCACCUGCACGUUUGCGCCGAGCAUGCGCAGAGCCCAGCCCCGCCGCCACCCCCCGCCCUCGACAAGGAGCCACCGGCGCCCGAGCGCCCCGCGGAGUCCGACCCUGCGUCGGCGCCUGGGCUACAGUUCCCGCUUCUCGAGCCGUUCACGACCCCUGCCCCUGCCCCCACCGGGCCUUUCCUGCCCUACUUGAACCCCGCGCCUUUUGGCCUAAGCCCCCCACGCCCGCGCCCCUUUCUGGCCGCCGCUCCCGGGCCGCCCGCCUCCAGCGCCGCAGUCUGGAAAAAGAGCCAAGGUGCCGGCGGCAGCCCGCGAAGACCCCAGGGCGGCUCCGAUACGCCCUCAGGGCACGCGGCCCCGAGCCGCAUCGUGUGGGAGCACACGCGCGGCCGCUACUCGUGCAUGCAGUGCGCCUUCUCCACGGCCUCGCGGCCCGCCAUGACCCUACACCUGGAGGACCACCGCCCCAUCGCCCCCGCGGCCCCGGCGCCCGGGCAGCCGCGCCCCGACGCGCCGGCGGACCCGGCCCCGCUGGCACCCAAGGUGUCGCCGCUGCUGUCAGAGGGGGAGUGUCCGGUUUUCUCGCCGCUCUGAACCACGCCGCGUUGCGGGUGGGCUGUGGGUAGUUUUGUAAUUUUAGGGGGGCCUGCGAUGGGCGGGGUGGCGGGACAAUAAAGGAGGCAGAUGAGCCAGC